CUCAUUUUCGUAAUUUCAUUGCUCUAGCUAAUUACUUUUUUAAGUAACAAAAGCAGUGACUAAUAUCAUAAGAAUUAAAGAUUUAAGAAAUUGCAAUGUUUUCAAAUCUCUGUAUGAGUGAUAAUGAGCCAUUUUUAAUUUAUAGUGGUUUUCGAAGUGUAUUUUAAACAUAAAGUUCUUACUGUACAUAAUAUGUAACUCUGUAUAUUAUACAGAGUUAGUAAAUACUAGGUACCUAUAUAAUAAUAUUAUAUUUUCUCAAACAUGCAAAUAUGAUUUCCCCAUUUCUGAAACAGUGUUUUGUGGUGCUGGGGGCAGCCACGUCUCUGAUGGGUCAUGGAGCAGGGUUCGGAUACACGGCCACCCUCGUAGCACACUACACUGAUGACCAGGGGAACAAAAUGAGCAAUGAAGACCUAUCGUGGAUAGGUUCUAUUUUUGGAAUAUCAAAAAUAUGUGGAUGCGUUUUAACUCCAUUUACGAUGUCUUUGUUUGGUCGUCAAAAGACACAUCUAAUCACUGUAUUACCAAUGUUACUAAAUUGGUUAUUAUUUGUUUUUGGGAGAUCUGUUUCAAUUUUUAUCACAGCAAGACUUUUAUUUGGGCUAUCAGCUGGAAUGUACGCGUGUAUGAAUAAUAUGAUGAUAGCGGAAUACACCGACCCAGUCAAUCGAGGGGCUUUUGCGUCUGUAUCGUCGUUGGCAGUAGGCUUUGGAAUAAUAUGGAUUCAUGUUUGGGGGACUAUGGUAUCCUGGCGAGUAACUGCUGCCGUAACAACUGCCAUACCAGUAGCAACAGCAAUAAUUACCUGGUUCUCUCCAGAAACGCCUAGUUGGCUAGUCUCUAAACAAAGAUACGAAGAAGCUAGGAAGGUAUUCACCUGGCUAAGAGGUGACGGUCCAAGACAACGAAAAGAAAUAGAAGACUUGAUCGAAAGCGAUAAGUUGAAAAAUGAAACGUCUACUAAUUUAUCGAAAACUGAAUCUAAAACGUUCUUAACAAAACUGAAGAUGAUCAAAAAAAAUGUGCUAAUUAGAGAAUUUUAUCAACCUAUUUUUAUCUGUAUUCUUAUAGCUAUCAUGUUUGAAUUUAUAGGUGCUCAUUAUGUUGCAGCAUAUGGGCACGUGAUAUUAAAGUCUCUUCUUAGUAAAAAUGAUCUAAAGGAUGUAAGUUGGCAUCUUAAUUAUCUUGAUAUUCUGAAAUCUGUAGUAAACACUAUGGCUCUAUUUAUUUUGAAGAAAAUUAAAAGAAGGACUAUUCUUUUCACUAGUGUAUCAAUGUCUUUAUUCUCUCAACUAUUGCUUUCUGCUUAUGUUUACACACGGAAUGCAUAUGGGUUCGAUCAAACACGUUUGCUAGAUAUAUUUGUAAUGACUUUGAUGACAUUGUAUAUAGUUUCAUUUAAUUUAGGAUUAUCUCCACUUGUUUAUGUGUUUUUUGGCGAAAUGAUACCUUUACAACAUAGAGGAAUAGGUUCUGCCAUAGUUACAUUUAGUUUAAGCUCACUUUCAUUUACUGUGUUAAAAACAUGCCCGCAAAUUUAUUCCUCAAUGGGAGUUGAAGGAUCAUUUUUAGUGUUUUCAGUCAUCAUUUCAGUUUGUUUGGUUAUUCUUUAUUACAUAUUGCCAGAAACAAAAGACCGUACUUUAUUAGAUAUAGAAAGCGAAUUUAAAAAUAAACCAAAAGAUGGGAAACCAGUACAAGAAGUGGAAGUUAGACUUAUGGUUACAAAACAUGAUGACGUGACUGGUGAUAACAAAGCAUAAUUAUUUACUGUUGCUUACGACAUAAAAAAUUAACAUUGAAGCACACAACAAAUUGUAUGAUAAAAAAGUACUUAUAUUAAUUGAACCAUAAAUAAUAAAAAUAUAUUAUGAAAUUUAAUAUUCUUGUCAAGAUUACACUCAACAAAAACAUUACAUAAUUAUUAUGAUAUCGGUGUAGGUAAAAGUAAUGUACCUAAUUGCAAAUACAAUAUUCUUUACAUAUUCUCUCAUAAGUGUCAUUAGUUAACCGGUUAAUUCACGUGUAAUCGUCACAUUCAACAGCUGAUUAAAUAUUUACUUCAUAAUUUAUUAAUAUAUUUUAUAAUUAAGUAUUAUAUUGUAAGUACCUAUACAUAUACUCGCGAGCUAUGAAAAACUUCCAAUGACAGGUUUUAAUUGCUUUUGAGUGUAUACUUUGCUCCAUAUUGUUUAAAACUUCUGCCUACUGUAAUGA